AUGGGAGCAGCAGAGUCCAAGCCUGUACAACCUGUGGCACCAACGUGUGACCCAGAAUUUGACAAACCAUGGAGGGACUUUAAAUGGGAUCAGAAAUCAGAACUGAAAAAGCAUCUAGAAGAAUUCAGUCUGAGUAAUCCAGAUGUGAAGCACAUCAAGAUUCUGGUUGCUGGACCAAUAGGAGCAGGAAAGUCCAGCUUCAUCAACUCUGUCAAUAACGUCUUUCAAGGACGGAUCACCUCUGACGCACCAGCUAGUUCAUCUUCUAGCCAUGGUGAAAGUUUCACAACAAAGCUUAAAGGACAUUACAUCAGUCGUGGAAAAAUCCCGUUAGUCUUUGUUGAUAUAAUGGGUUUAGAACCUGAAGCAUUGGCCGGGUCACAACCAGAGGACAUCAUCAAGGCUGUAUAUGGCCACGUGAAGGACGGAUAUAAAUUUGAUAAGUCAAAGCCACUCUCUCAUAAGGAUCAACAAUAUACCAGUGACCCCAGUCUCUCUGACCAGGCUUUCUGUCUGGUUUACGUCUUACCUGCUAAUACAGUUAGCAUGACAGAUGACAAACUUUUUGACAAGUUGAAGAUCAUCCGUCAUAGAAUCAGUGAAAAGGCGAUUCCUCAAGUGAUUGUCAUGACUAAAGUGGAUGAAGCAUGUCCCCUGGUGAACAAAGAUCUAAAGAAGAUCUACUAUAGCAAGAAGAUCAAAGAAAAGAUGCAGAUGUGCCAUGACAAAAACAGCAGCUGUUUAUUUUACUGCUCCCUGAAAUGGUUACUUGCAACACUAUAA